AUGCCCGUCUCCUCCUCCGAGCUCGCCGAGGGCAUCCACCUCGCCCGCCGCGAAUGCCCCCUGGCCCCCCUCCUCGCGCCCCUCGUCCGCGCCCUCGCCCGCUGCGCCCUCGCCGGCUGGCUGCCCUUCGGGGACAAGAAGAUGACCUCGGGCGGAAACUUUGGGCCCUAG